GUCAUCAUCGUGUUUCCAUAGUUACCGGGUCGGGCUGGGGCUUGAUGGGUUGACAGGUGCGUGACAGUCCAGCUAUCCAGCAUGUACGCCAAGGGGAAAGGUAGCACUGUACCCUCGGAUAACCAAGCAAGGGAAAAGCUAGCGUUAUAUGUUUACGAGUACUUGCUUCAUGUCGGAGCGCAGAAAGCUGCACAGACGUUCCUGUCGGAGAUAAGAUGGGAGAAAAAUAUAACGUUAGGAGAGCCGCCCGGGUUUCUUCAUUCCUGGUGGUGUGUUUUCUGGGAUUUAUACUGUGCGGCACCAGAGAGGAGAGAUACUUGUGAACAUUCAUCCGAAGCCAAGGCGUUCCAUGACUAUAGUGCAGCCACAGCUCCCAGCCCCCUAGGACCCAUGCCCCCCAACGAUGGCGUUAUGCCUGGCGGACCAAUGCCUCCCGGUUUCUUUCCUGGGCCUCCAGCCUCACAGACGUCGCCCCAUGGCCAGCCACCCCCACAUCAGAAUCAGAUGAUCCCACACAAUCAGAAUUCACCUCACCCUCCAAGACCCAUGAUGCCACAUGACCAGCCCUUUAUGAACCCCAGAUAUCCAGGUGGACCUAGAAUGCCAAACAGAAUGCCAAAUCAGCCACCAGGAGGUGUACCUGGGGCACAGCCACUUCUCCCCAACACCAUGGACCCUACCAGGCAACAACCUCAAGGCCAUCCCAGCAUGCCCGGGCCAAUGCAGAGAAUGAACCAUCCGAGAGGCAUGCCCAUGAACCCGGUAAGUUUACCGAACUACGGGGGACCAGUGGGGAUGCGGCCACCACCAAACAGUAUGGGACCAGGGGGCCUGCCACCAGGCAUGAACAUGGUCUUUCCACAUGACGAAGAGCGCCCGCCAUGGCCACCAGGUGGACCGGGAGGGCGGCCGUGGCCAGGCAACCCCAACACAUCCACAAUAAACUAUUCCUCCUCUUCACCAGGCAACUAUGCGGGUCCCCCUGGAGGAGGCCCGCCAGGAACUCCCAUCAUGCCUAGCCCACAAGGAAAUGGUCCCCACCCCCAGGGUAACAACCGCAUACCGACCACCCUGCCCCCAGACUCAAAUUCAGGAGACAACGUCUACGCAAUGAUGAAGAACGUUCCAGGUGGCAGCAUGCCUACGCAGUUUCCCAUGGGUACUGGCCCCGACGGCCCCAUGAACAUGGGUGACCAAGUCCUUUCUCCAGUCAUGAACGGUGAGUCGAUCCGUUCUCCUCCUAUCAACGGAUCUGGUGAUAUGGAUCAUAUUCCAAAGAGUUCCCCUAACAACCCCGCGGGCCCGGGCACGCCAAGGGAAGCGGGCGAGAUGGGACCCGGGGGAACGUUCGGACUCCCUCCCUUCCAGGACAACGUCAGUGAUCAGAACGAAUCAGCAGCGAUACUUAAGAUAAAAGAAAGCAUGCAGGAGGAAGCCAAACGAUUUGAGAAGGAGGCGUCACCUGGGGGGCCUGGGCAUCCUGAGUACUUCAUGCAAUAAGCCAAGGAACCAAGGCCAGUGGACAAAGGGUACCUAUGGACAGAGAGUCAAGAUACUUGAUGUAUAAAUUAUCCCACCUCAUUGUUGUUCAUAGCUCAGGCGGAGUGCUGUAAGUAGGCUUGAAAAAAAACCUCCGUGUUUGUCCACCGUAUCAGCCUGGAUGUGUCUGCCCGCCUUGUGGCGUGUUGUGUGUAUAUUUAUUACCUCUCAUAAAUUAUUUUUGUGAAAUGGAUUUAUUUUCAGUGUUCCUCCCAGCAGAAAAUGGGCCUUUUUAAAAACACAAACCUGCAGUUUUUAAAUGGAAAUCCUAACAAGGUCUGUUUUUAACUAGCGGUGGGAAAAGCAGUGACUGGAUAAGGAAAAUUUUAAAUGAGAAUUCUCGGCUGAAUGAGCUCAGAAUUUUCCACUUGGUCAACCCAUAAUUUUAUAAAGUUGUAAGUUAUGGCAGAAUGAGAGACAAGAAUGAUUUUGUACUGUUUUUAAUAUCUCGAGUUUGGAGUUUUGUUCUGCAUUUCUGAUGACUAUAAAGCUGCCAACAUUGAGAAUAGGAACCAAAAAGUUCAGUUGUAAACUUGAUUCGUCCUUAUUGCUUUCUUUUCUCUUAUUUCCCCUUUAUUUUGUAUCCCUUUUGUAUUAUUGCAGAUUUUGUAUUAGAUGUUAGGUAGGGGAGAAACCCUGUACUGUAUUUUAUUGACCCAAGAACCUUACGAGUUCCUAUGGUUGUGAGUGUGUGUCAUAGGAAUCACCAAGAUAGUUAGGUUUUUAUUGUCACGUGCAGAUGUAUAGGUAGUGUGGCUGGCCCUGUGCUGCUCCUAUGCAGCAAGGGGUCCAGUUUUUAGAGCCUGCCCUGUUGCCAUGUUAUUGUAUCCUCAUUUUAGCUAGUGACAAAAGUACCUGUAUGUGCAAAGUUGUGCUGUCCUGGAGACCUGAGUAGAUGCCUGGAUUGCUGGCAUUCAGUUGUUUGUGCUGUCGACGUUUUCUCUGCAUUUAUUGCCCAAACUAUUCCAUGUUGCAAUGUAAAAAAGAUGUGCAUUUUAUUCUGAGGCAUUUGGGAAGGGGACAUUGCUGUUAUAUAUGAUUCCAUCUGUUGCUGUAGGCAGUUGAUUUUUUAUGUACAUUGAUCACAUCACACUUUUGGUAGAAUUCCGUGAAUUCUUUUUUCCCUGGGUGCUGAGUGCACCGUACAGUGGCUUGACUUUUGAGAAACACAUUUCUGCCGUGUGUCUCUGUGAGUUCCACUCCUGUAAAGUAAAACAAAAAAAACCUAUAAAACUCUCUCUUCGCUGCCAUGUAGAAUGCAUUAGUCCAGUACCUCGAUGUAGUGGUUAAGGGGAAGUGGCAACAUUUCCAGACUCUUUACCUCAGUCAACUCUUGCGGUUAGGCAAGACCUGUGCUUGUACGGUGCCCGGAUCUUUUUGUACAGGCCCUUUGGAGUGGAACAAUCAUGCUCUUUACCUACACAACCAACAUUUGAAUGGUAGAUGUUGUCACUAUUUUAGUUAAAGUUAUUAAAGUAUUACUUUAUUUGUAUUGUCGUAUAUUGUAAAAGAAUCCUCUAGAGGCAAAUGCUCAAUUAAAGUAUCAGCCAGACCUUUGAA